AGGAAGACCAGAAGGUGAUCGAAAGAAAGCGAGGACGUGGAGAAGAACAAGACAUUAAAGAGGGAGAGAGAGAGAGAGAGACAAAGCUGCGAGCAGCGCGUCCGGGUCGCUUCUGUCUUCUGAAACCCGGUUCCGGUCACACCGACGACGGCGGCAUCCCGCGGCCCCCUGCGCAUCAUCCGCGGCUCCGCAUCCGCAGCUGCCCGCCGAGGAGAAGAUCCGCAUCGCGGCGAGACGCAGAUCGUCCUGUGAGAUAAAGUUACCACGUUUUGAUCCCGUCUGCCCCUGAUGAUGAUGGAGAGCUUCCUGUGUCUGCUGGUCCUCAGCUCAGCAGCCCUGAAGGAGGCAGUCGGUGGAGACGUGUGUGUGUCGGGUCACGACAGCGGGCCACUGUUUGAGGAACAGCCCAGCAGUUUGAUCUACCCAGAAGGCCUGAGCGAAGGCAAGGUGACCCUCAGCUGUCAGGCCAGAGCGAGUCCCGCUGCGUCCUACAGAUGGCUUUUGAACGGCACCGAGGUCCCGCUGGGUUUGGACCUGCGCUACACCCUGGUUGCUGGCAACCUGGUGAUCAGCAGCCCCGAGUCCAUUCGAGACACAGGAUCCUAUCAGUGUCUGGCCAUUAACCGCUGUGGCACCAUCAUCAGCCGAGCAGCUAACCUCAAAUUUGGCUACCUCCAUGACUUUCCUCCAGACAGCAGGAGUCCUCAGACAGCGUAUGAAGGCGUCGGAGCUUUCCUGGCCUGCCAGCCCCCCACACAUUACCCAGCUCUGUCGUACCGCUGGCUGAUCAACGACUUCCCCAACUUCAUCAAGAAGGACGACGACCGCUGGUUUGUGUCGCAGGUCACAGGGAACCUGUACAUGGCGAAAGCGGAGCCAAACGACACCGGAAACUACUUCUGCUUCACCACCAUCAACAUGGACAUCAGCACCAAGAGCACAUUCAGCAAGGCCAUCCAGCUGACCGCGCUGCCCGACGCCAAUCCCAGGAAAUCCGCUCCAAGCAUCAAAGUGCGCUUCCCGGCAGAGACGUACACGCUGGCAGGACACGCCGCCCACUUGGAGUGCUUCGCCUACGGAAAUCCGGUCCCAAAGCUUCGGUGGAGGAAAGUGGACGGCUUGAUGCCCUCCAAGGCGGGCUCCAGCGCCGAGGCCCCCAUCCUCAUCCUGCCAGACCUCUCCUUCGAUGAUGAGGGUCUUUACGAAUGUGAAGCGUACAACUCAGAGGGCAGUGACACCCACCAAGGUCGCAUCAACGUGCAAGCUCAGCCCGAGUGGUUGCAGGUGAUGAGCGACUCAGAGGUGGAGAUCAGCUCAGAGCUUCUCUGGAGCUGCAUCGCUGCCGGUAAACCGCGGCCCUCCGUACGCUGGCUACGCAACGGCCAGCCGCUCAGCACACAGGACCGGGUCGAGGUGAACGGCGCUCGUCUCAGGAUCAGCAAUCUGGCCCUGGAGGAUUCUGGGAUGUACCAGUGUGUCGCGGAGAACAAACAUGGCACCGUCUACUCCACCGCUGAGCUCAGAGUCCAAGUUCAGGCCCCAGACUUCAGGUUGAACCCGGUGAGGAGGCUGAUCCCGGCAGCCCGAGGGGGGCAGGUGAUGAUGGAGUGUCGCCCUCGGGCUGCUCCGAAGCCCAGUCUGUUCUGGAGCCGCGGGACGGAGCUGCUCACCAACGGCAGCAGAGUCACCGUUACUCCAGAUGGUGUUUUGUGGAUCAACAACAUCAGCAGGGCAGACGAAGGGAAAUACACCUGUUUUGCUGAGAACUACCUGGGCAAAGCCAACAGCACCGGACACCUGUCUGUCAGAGACGCCACCAAGAUCACGCUGGCUCCUUCCAACGCCGACAUCAACCAAGGGGAGAACGUGACGCUGCAGUGUCACGCCUCCCACGACCCCACCAUGGACCUGACCUUCACCUGGGCCCUCAACGGGGUCCUUCUGGACCUGGAGGACUCGGCCGGACCGUACCACCGGGUGGAGGGGAAGGAAAACAUCGGCGACCUGUUGGCCGUGAACGCCAAGCUGAGUCAAGCAGGCGUCUACACGUGCGCAGCUCAGACUGUGGUGGACAGCGCUUCAGCUUCAGCCAAAUUAGUGGUUCGAGGUCCCCCGGGACCUCCUGGAGGUUUACUAAUAAAGAACGUGGCCGAGACGUCGGUGGAGCUCCGGUGGAGUCGUGGCUACGAUAACCACAGUCCCAUCGGCAAAUAUGUCAUCAUGGGCCGAUCGUCACUGUCGUCGGAGUGGAAAAAGAUGAGGACAGACCCAGUAAACAUCGAGGGGAAUGCAGAGUCGGCGCGUGUGAUGGGACUGAUGCCGUGGAUGGAUUACGAAUUCCAGGUCAUCGCCAGCAACAUCCUGGGCAGCGGAGAGCCCAGCAUGCCCUCCCACACCAUCCGCACCCAGCAAGCAGCCCCCACUGUGGCCCCGAGUGGUCUUGGAGGAGGAGGAGGAGACAGCAACGAACUCAUUGUGACGUGGACGCCGAUGGCCCGAGAGUACCAGAACGGCGAUGGCUUCGUCUACGUCCUUGCCUUCAGGAAGAAGGAUACACAACCUUGGACGGUAGUGCGUGUCCCUCACGUGGAGUCGUCCCGAUACGUCUACUACAACGACAGCCUGGCGCCGUACAGUCCCUUCGAGGUGAAGAUCAAAGCUUUCAACCGCCGAGGAGAAGGUCCGUUCAGCCAGAUCGCUCUGGUCUACUCGGCAGAGGAGGAGCCAACAGUGGGACCGUCAGGCGUCAACGCCACGGCGCUGACCGCCUUUGAGAUCCAGGUGUCCUGGGAGCCCGUCCAGCAGCUCAGCGCCGACGGCAUCCUCAGAGGAUAUGAGAUCCGUUACUGGCGGCAGCACGAGCGUGAAGCAGCAGCGGAUCGCGUGCGGACGGCGGGACUGGAGGCGACAGCCCGAGUGUCCGGCCUGCGACCCAGCACUCGGUACCACGUCGCCGUCCUGGCGUACAACAGCGCCGGCACCGGGCCGCCCUCGCCACGCACCACAGUCACCACCAGGAAACCACCUCCUAAUCGUCGGCCGGGCAACGUGUCAUGGAAGGCCGACGGCUCGUCGGUGACGGUGAGGUGGGAUCACGUGAAGGCCAUGCACAAUGAGUCUGCGGUACUGGGCUACAAGGUUCUGUACAAACACGAGGGCCAGAACUCACUGAAGGUUCUGGACAAGGCCAAGACCUCCAUGAGCCUGCCGCUGCCAAAAGACAACAGCUACGUCGUGCUGGAGGUCCGGUCCUGGGGAGAAGGCGGGGACGGGCCGGCGCACGAGAUCAUUGUGUCCCGGGACUCAGGAACUGGUAUGAUGGUGCAGAACGGGGGCCCCUCCCCGCGGUGCAGUCCCCCUCUCCACCUCCUCAGCGGCCUGCUUCUGUUCGCGCUGGGCCUGUGAUCUCGGCCAAUCACCGGACUGUUUGCUUUCACACUGCGGGUCGGCCUGUGGUUCGGCUCGUGGUGCGUUCAGGUGUUCAGGGAUUGGACGGGCGAGGAAUGAUGGGGUUUCCGUUUUUUUCAUUUCUUUUGAAUAAUAAAAAUACAGAGGGCCUUUUUUCUUUAAAGCCCGGGCGAAGUGAGGGGGUCUGGGGGGAGCAGGGAGUCCCCGCCCGGUUUUGUAUUUAUGUACUCGCGUCGUGUUAAAAAAACCUGCCUUAGCAGAACCAUCACACAUGUGGCCGACGCGUCUCAUCCCUGCGUCCUCCCAACCGGAGCUGGCGACACCCAGACGUCAGUGUAAAUUCUCCAUGGUUUGAUGGCGUGCAUAAGUUGUGUACAUACAGUCUGAACAUGUCUUACACGUGAUGCGUUUCUGCCCGUUCGGUCCACUUUGAGAACAACUUGACCUUUUCUGAAUGGUUAUCGGAGGUAAGCUCAUUUUGAAUUAUAAGUACUGCCGUUAUUGAGCCUUCGCUAAGCCCCGCCCCUGGAAAUGAGCCUGGCCAAUCACAGCGGAGCACAGACGGCGAUGAUUUAUCUCAGCUCCUCCUCUCAUAGCGUCUCCAUGAUCUGUAGCUCGCCAUGGUGAAAUAGGGAUGCUAGCCCACAGAGCUAACGUUAGCACAUCAUCAGCUGGUAUUGGUACUACUAUGCUAUGCUAGCUGCUGACGAGCUGGGGGGGGCUCCCAGCAGGGGGCGGGGCUCGGUAAAGGGUUGAUUCUACAGUAACUGUUCCUCAUAUUGUGAAAAACGUGGAACUUUAUAAUGCAGCUUUAGCUCGUAAACUUCAAACUCCACUUUUUUUUAUUUUUCCUGUGAACAUAUUUGUGCGAGGCCUUUUUUUAUGGAGCUGGAAAGCAGCGUCCCUGUGGAUCUUUGUACGUCUUGUUGCUCACAGUGUGAACUUAGAACCACUUUAAAACGUUACACUUGUUAUCAUGACUUUUCAGCUCCUGCUAAUGUCUUUCUGCUUGUUUGUGUUUUGUCUCAGCUGUAAUUAUGGAAAGCUAGAGAGAAUUGUCACCGGUCCAAAUGAAUGUUUACAUUUUAUACUUUUUAUGUCUCAUUUUGGGGGUGGUUAAAUUGGACCGAAGAAGGGAGUAUUUAAUUAUUUGCUUGCAUUUUGAUGGGCCUCAAUUGUUUAAAUGGUUUCAACAACGAUGUGCAAAUGCUUCUGUUCAGUGUUAAUUGGGUGUAUUGCAGCUGCUUUUAUGCUGGCGGGUUAAUAUGAAACGGGAUGAGCCCCCCCCCCCCCCCGCUUCAGAUGAAAGAGCUGGUUGCCAAAGUUAUCAGAGAAUAGUUAACAGGGUGACAUAUAUUGUCCUCAUUGUAAUCAGUCAUUGUGUAACAUGUCUGGUUCACUGCCGUUCACAGGAAGGACGUGCCGCUCACGCUCAUUUGUCCUGUGCGGGUCACGUGGGGUCAGCAGGUCAGAGACGGACCUCCGGUGCUCACGAGUUUUCUCUUUUGUUGCUGCCUUUGUUCUCUGAUGGAGUUUCCUAUUGGACCUGUUUGCUGUCAGCAAUGUAAUACUCAAAAUGUUAAAAGUUAUUACUUAUUUUCAGCCCUACGUUGAAUGAUGACGAAGAAUGACACUGACAUGAGAUUGAUUUUAGUUUAAUCAGUAACAUUAACUUUUCAUUACAUGCUUUUCACUUUUGCUCUCAACUAGAACAUUUUCUGGAAUCAAUUUCUAUAAAUACUAUAAAGCAAAAUGUCCCAUAUUUUAACCCUUUUUAGGGUAUUAGCUGUAGACAGUCAUUAUUAUUGCCCCCAUAAUCUUGAACUGAAGUAUACAUUUGGGUUAGACCAGUGUACACUGGUAUUUGUGGCUGGGAGAUCUCGGCUUGGUCCCCCUGUGGGCCCACAAUCAUUUCUACACUGGUCUCAAUGGUUUAAAGCCUUUUUACUAUUAUCACUGUCUUCAUUUCUGUCUUCUGUUCCAGGAGGUGAAGAUGCUCUCGGAACCGUUGAGUUUUGUGUCUUACUUCUCAAUGCCUUUAGUCUUUAUUGAAUAGCCGACGCGUAUUUUCACCGUCUCUGUGCCACGACGCCGAAUGUCCUGGCAGACUCACUCAUCACUCACUCACGGUGGUCGAAGGCUCAAUGCACUGGAUGAUGUGGCCCUUUUCAUAAUUGUGAUUGCGUUGAAAUGUGAGGUAGGCGUCGGGGGAGGGGUGCUACUUGUAAAUAUGAUUUCGAAUAAACACUUUGGGAUUGUA